AUGUCCAACCAGUCGAUCCUCCGCAUCACGCGUGAGCUGUGCGAUAUCCAGAAGGGCUCGGAUCUCUCUCUCGCCGUCGCCUGUCGGGACAGCGACGUCAGAUCGGUUCGAGCCUUGAUCAUUGGCCCUCCAGACACCCCAUAUGAGUUCGGAUUCUUCGAGUUUGCUGUGCGCUUCGGUAGAGACUACCCUACUAAGGCCCCUUCGGUCACCUGCACCACCACCAACGGAGGUCGCACCCGCUUCAACCCGAACAUCUACUCUCAGGGAAAGGUCUGCCUUUCCAUUCUAGGUACAUGGCGUGGUGAGCCUGGCGAGGAAUGGUCCUCGGCCCAGGGCCUGGAGUCCAUCCUUAUCUCCAUUCAGAGCCUCAUGUCCCCCGACCCUUACGAGAACGAGCCUGGAUUCGAGGAAGCCAACUCCGACUACGACAAGAAGCUGAAGGCGGCCUAUACUGCCAAGAUUCACCACGAGACCAUCCGCAUUUCGGUCAUCGAACGCCUGGAAGAGUACUACAGGAUUGUCCCACCGGAGAAGAAAGGAAUCGUGCGGUACAAUGCCGAGGACGAUAUCACAACAGCCGAGGAACAGUUCGACCCCUUUCAGGAUCUCUGCAAGCGCCGCUUCCUCUGGUACUACGACUCCUACUUAGAGUCCAUCAACGAACUCAAGGAUCACCACAAAGAGGGUUCCAAGUUCGAAAAGAUGCCCUUUGAGGGACCGAGCAAUGAGAUGAGCGGAACGUUCAACUACGAGCAGCUCUUGAAGCGCUUGGCAGUCAUUCGCGCGGCUGUGGACAAGGAGACUCUCGGUUGGGCACAGGAAGGCCUUCAGGCUGCCAAGGGCGAACUGAGCAUUGCCAACAACCUACAAAGGCAAUUUGAGCAAGUGGUCGAACACUUCAAGCGCAGUGAAAGCGUCCACAUCGAUCUGGAACUCGUCGACAACAACCCUUUCGUAUGGUCCUUCGUCUUGUUCGGCCCACCCAUGUCGAACCUUGACGGAGGCAUGUUCCGGAUCUUCAUCUACAUUUCCACCAGGUUCCCCGACGUGCAACCUCGUGUCAAACUGGAGAAUCCCAUCUUCCACCAUCGCGUGUCUAAGGAUGGUGUGGUUUGCUACACGUCGCGCCGCCCGGAUGAUCUGCGGAGCCACAUCGAAGCCAUCGUUGACACCAUCCAGGAAGAGCAUCCGGCAUACGACCCGCGGACACUCGUACACCCCGAGGCCUCGAGGCUCUUCUGGGGUAGCGCUGAUGACAAGAAGCAGUACAACCGUAAGCUGAGGCGGAGUGUGCAAGACAGUGCUGAGUGA